AUGACGCGCCAAUCACAGCGCGACAUCUGGCUGCACCAGAUGCUGCCGCCCCGCGCCUGCCAGGGCCGGCGCCUGCUGCUCGUGCCAUGGAGCACAGGCAUGUACCAUGGCGUGGGGUCGCAGGUGAGCACAGGCAUGUACCAUGGCGUGGGGUCGCAGGUGAGCACGGGCAUGUACCAUGCUGCAUGCUGCAUGUGCCGUGUGGAACACAGCUGUGCACAACGGGGUGAGCAGGGCGGAUGGGAGUGUUUCUUCUUCCCCAUCGUCGCCCCGGACUGCGAGGACGAGCUCAACCGCCUGCGGGCGCAGGACGCCAUCGGGGACUGUGUCACGGGGGAGGAGCUUGGGUUGGCAGAGAGGAGGAGAGGAGAUGCCAGUGGGGUGUGCGUUACGGGGGAGGAGCUGGGGUUCGAUAGAGCCGCACAGUCGGAGCAGCAGGUGCGUGUGGGCAUGUGGCAAGAAGGGGUGUUGGCGUGUGCGGGAGGUCGCGGUGCUGGUUCGCAAGCCCCAUGGGAGGAGCUGCGGCAUGGGAGGAGCUGCGGCAUGGGAGGAGCUGCGGCAUGGGAGGAGCUGCGGCAUGGGAGGAGCUGCGGCAUGGGAGGAGCUGCGGCAUGGGAGGAGCUGCGGCAUGGGAGGAGCUGCGGCAUGGGAGGAGCUGCGGCAUGGGAGGAGCUGCGGCAUGGGAGGAGCUGCGGCAUGGGAGGAGCUGCGGCAUGGGAGGAGCUGCGGCAUGGGAGGAGCUGCGGCAUGGGAGGAGCUGCGGCAUGGGAGGAGCUGCGGCAUGGGAGGAGCUGCGGCAUGGGAGGAGCUGCGGCAUGGGAGGAGCUGCGGCAUGGGAGGAGCUGCGGCAUGGGAGGAGCUGCGGCAUGGGAGGAGCUGCGGCAUGGGAGGAGCUGCGGCAUGGGAGGAGCUGCGGCAUGGGAGGAGCUGCGGCAUGGGAGGAGCUGCGGCAUGGGAGGAGCUGCGGCAUGGGAGGAGCUGCGGCAUGGGAGGAGCUGCGGCAUGGGAGGAGCUGCGGCAUGGGAGGAGCUGCGGCAUGGGAGGAGCUGCGGCAUGGGAGGAGCUGCGGCAUGGGAGGAGCUGCGGCAUGGGAGGAGCUGCGGCAUGGGAGGAGCUGCGGCAUGGGAGGAGCUGCGGCAUGGGAGGAGCUGCGGCAUGGGAGGAGCUGCGGCAUGGGAGGAGCUGCGGCAUGGGAGGAGCUGCGGCAUGGGAGGAGCUGCGGCAUGGGAGGAGCUGCGGCAUGGGAGGAGCUGCGGCAUGGGAGGAGCUGCGGCAUGGGAGGAGCUGCGGCAUGGGAGGAGCUGCGGCAUGGGAGGAGCUGCGGCAUGGGAGGAGCUGCGGCAUGGGAGGAGCUGCGGCAUGGGAGGAGCUGCGGCAUGGGAGGAGCUGCGGCAUGGGAGGAGCUGCGGCAUGGGAGGAGCUGCGGCAUGGGAGGAGCUGCGGCAUGGGAGGAGCUGCGGCAUGGGAGGAGCUGCGGCAUGGGAGGAGCUGCGGCAUGGGAGGAGCUGCGGCAUGGGAGGAGCUGCGGCAUGGGAGGAGCUGCGGCAUGGGAGGAGCUGCGGCAUGGGAGGAGCUGCGGCAUGGGAGGAGCUGCGGCAUGGGAGGAGCUGCGGCAUGGGAGGAGCUGCGGCAUGGGAGGAGCUGCGGCAUGGGAGGAGCUGCGGCAUGGGAGGAGCUGCGGCAUGGGAGGAGCUGCGGCAUGGGAGGAGCUGCGGCAUGGGAGGAGCUGCGGCAUGGGAGGAGCUGCGGCAUGGGAGGAGCUGCGGCAUGGGAGGAGCUGCGGCAUGGGAGGAGCUGCGGCAUGGGAGGAGCUGCGGCAUGGGAGGAGCUGCGGCAUGGGAGGAGCUGCGGCAUGGGAGGAGCUGCGGCAUGGGAGGAGCUGCGGCAUGGGAGGAGCUGCGGCAUGGGAGGAGCUGCGGCAUGGGAGGAGCUGCGGCAUGGGAGGAGCUGCGGCAUGGGAGGAGCUGCGGCAUGGGGGAUUUGAGCAGUGCAGCACAGCAGCAGGUGGGGAAUGCUUAUCUGCCUUCCCCCCCCUCCUGCCCCGCCCUGACUGCCUCACCCUGUGCGGUGUGCCUCGAUCCCACCACGGACGUCUUCAUGAGCUACGAGGGCCGGGCAGCAUCGCUGUGGGGCGAUGCAUACCUGGUGGACGCUGACGUGGUGGAGCAUGGCGGCCACGUGGCGCCUACCAGCGCCGACACCAAGAUGGUGCACUGGUGGCGGGCGCAGGCGGUGCGCUUCAUGCUGAGGUGGCCAUCAGCCCAUCUCUGCCACGUCAUCAACCAACAGAGACACACCGCCUAUGGCAUGCACGUCGCCAAUCGCAUCGCUUCGCUCCACGCCUCCUCUCACUCCUCUCACUCGACCACUCCCCCAUCCUCUUCCCCUUCCUCUCACCUCUCCUCGCUCCAUGCCUUCUCACUCGCUCUCCAGCAUUAUGAGUCUUGUGGUACUGAUGCUUCACCUCCUGCCACUGCCACUGCUGCUGCUGCUUCUGCUGCUGCUGGCACUUUUGGCAGUAACACUCUUGAGGAUCCCCUACCAACCACCAGCACUCUUUGGCACCGCAUGUCACCGCCCAGCACACCCACAGACCUAGCCAGAGAGCCAUACAUGCAGCGACCGGUGGUGAGCAUGCACGUGAGGCAGAGCGACAAGCUAUCAGAGAUGAGGGUGCUGUCGCUGCCCGCCCACAUGUUCCUCGCCUACCGCCUUCGCCGGGCGCUGGUGGACCUCCGACACGUGUGGCUGAACACGGAGGCACAGUCAGUGAUCAACGAGACGGCGUACUACCCCGACUGGCACUUCCUCUUCGCCACCAACGCCCGCCAGCCCUCCCACUCGGAGCGCAACCGCGAGUACGACGCCGCACAGUCCGUGGCUGCCAGCCUGGCGAGUGCGCUCAUAGCAGCGCAGUGCAAUGUGUUCGUGGGGUCGCUGGGGUCCAACUGGAGCCGCCUCAUCAACGAGCUCAGAGCUACCAGUGGGCGGCUGUAUAGUGGAUUCGUGGCCACGAACCUGGGCGAGUGGUAA